GAUCUGUGAUCAGUAGGUAUUCCAACUUCCAACAACAAAUUGUUUUGAACAUCUACUUUCUACUCCCAUAGACAUAAUAUUAUUGAGUUUCUAAUGAAUUAUUGAAUAAUUGGAAAAGUAAACGUCUGUUAAGAAUAUAAAAUGUUGAAUUGCUUUCAAGGAAACAAAAAGAGCUCACUCAAAGUGAUAUAAAAUGGCUUGCUUCUGGGUUAAUGCACAAGGAACCACAGUUAAGAUUCCCACAACUCUGGAAAAAGAAGGGGUUACUCUUUACGAAAUAAAAAUUUCUGUUGGCGACAUAUUUUGGAUAGUAACCCAUCGCUACAAUGAUUUCUUCGAAUUGCACACCAAGCUCGUUAACGAUCAUGGUGUUGCCAAAGAUAUACUUCCAUCAAAAAAACUGAUCAGAAGUAAAUGUCCCCAAUUUAUUGACACAAGAAGAAAGGGACUUGAACUUUAUCUACAAAAACUUUUAAAAUUCUUGAAGCUGACCAUGCCCAGAAUUUUUCUUGAGUUUUUAAAUUUCCAUGUUUAUGACGUUUACUUUCUACUCCAAAGCCUAGCACUAAAGUUUUACUCAGGAGCUGAAUCUUAUAUAUCUACAACUAACAGUUAUAAUUUCACUACACUCGAAAUACAUGCUAUCAGUAAGUGCUGUAAUACUCCGCAGCCUGCAGAAUAUAAUCCUGACAAAAGAUAUGACUUCACACAUGUAUUAGACUUUUGCUCUCAACUCAAGGAUCUAAAUGUUACUGGCAUAAUUGGAAACUAUUUAAGAAGUAAUAUUCAACCUAAUGAUCUUCUCUUUGAUUUUCGAAAUUUCAAAAAAAUCACCAAUUUGUCUUUGAAGGAAAUUUGUUUGGAUUGUAUUAAGGACUUGGGCCAACUACGCAAUAAUUUGGAAACGAUGACCAUUAACAAAUCAAAUAUGACAAGUUUGAGUCAAAUUUUACAGUGUGAUGUUCUUCAUAAAUAUAAUUUUGAUAGUACCCAUGUGUGGAGCAAUUUGGUAAAAAUGGAUUUGAGCCACAAUUGUUUAACUGAAAUUGACCAAACAAUAAAAUUGGUACCAAAUCUGAAAACACUUAUUCUGGACCAAAACAGAUUUUCCAAUAUUCCUAAUCUUCUAGAACUGAAAAACUUAACUACAUUGAGCAUAUGCGGUAACCUAAUCACAUCCUGUAAACAAAUACAUUUCACUCUAGGUAAUAUAUCACACCUAAAUCUAUCUCAAAAUAGUAUAACUAGUCUGGAAGGAUUCACCAAGCUCUAUUCUCUGGAAACUUUGAACUUGACUGGGAAUAACAUAAAUAAUAUUGAAGAAAUUAAAUUUUUAUCAAACCUUCCCUGUUUAGAAGAUUUAAAGUUGACUGGAAAUAGUGUAUCGACCAUAGUGGAUUACCGUGUAAAAGUUCUUGAAUAUUUUGGCAAAAGAGCACAGGAAAUUUGUCUAGACAAUGAACAACCUCUACAACCAGAGCUCGAUAAAGUUUCUAUUCGAAGAGCCUUGAAAAUUUUGAAAGAUGGAGAGGUACCUGAAAUACUGAGCACCCGCUAAUUUGUUUAUAUAUAUAUUUAUAUUAUAACUACCAAAAUGUUUGUGAUAUUUCUACUCAUUUAGAUGUUUAUGUUAUGUAAUUUAUAAAAAUGGAUAAUAUAUUAUUGUUGCUGCUGC